CCGCCUGGGUCUACCAAAUUUAAGAUACUGUACUAGUUUUUUUUUUUCCAAAUUUAAGAUACUAGGCCAGGCGGGGGAAGCCUCUGGUGGGCCAUGGGCACAUUGUGUGAGUGUGUAUGGAUCUGGUUCAGGGCUGAAUCUGACUUAUGUCUGAUAUCUCUAAUCGUUUGUAACUUUGUAUUUACAUUUUUUUGAUAGUUGUUGAGAUCUGUACAUCUGUUUCGGAAUCAUAAAUAACUCUGUAUCUUACUUGUUGAGCCAUACCUAACGCUAGAUUCAUAAGUUUUUCUACAACAUUAUCUGUCUUCAAGACAAUAUCUGUUCGUAUGCAGAUGUGAAAUUUCCAUAUUCUACAGUGAUUCUGUUUAUAGAUAUGAGCACUUGAUGAACCUGAGAUAUAUCGUCCAACUUGUGUGACAUAAGCUUUUCAUAAAAAAUUAGUUGCAGCAAUGAAAUCUAGUAAGAGGAGCUUCAUAUUUAUCAUUUGUGUCACCCUUCUUCUAUUCUCCAAUUAUUUUUUACCUACAUCACAAUAUCUCAUUGCUGAAACUGAUCGAUUAUCUUUACUUGCUUUUAGAGACAAUAUAAAUGAUCCAUUGGGAGCACUAACUUCGUGGAAUGAAUCGUCUCACUGCAGCAAUUGGACAGGAAUUGAGUGCGGUCGUCGGCAUCCAAGCAGGGUCGUAGGCUUGGAUCUACGAUCCAUGAGUCUGAAAGGUUCAAUAUCUCCAUAUAUAGGAAAUCUUUCUUUCUUAAAAUAUUUCGUCUUGUUCGAUAAUCACUUCUCAGGCGGAAUUCCGGAAGAAAUUGGUCAUUUAUCUCGACUUGAAGUUCUUUUCCUGGCAAAUAAUUCACUUACGGGAAAAAUUCCUAGGAACCUAUCCUCUUGUAAAAGUCUCAAGCUUUUAGCAUUAAUACAGAAUAAUUUGGUAGGAGGAAUUCCUGCGGAACUUGGUUCCCUAUCUAUGCUUCAACAAUUACACCUCAUGAAGAACUACUUUUCAGGAACCAUCCCAGUGUCACUUUCAAACCUUUCGUUUCUCACUCGAUUUGAUCUAAGUUGGAACAAUUUACAAGGUAACAUUCCAUCCGAGCUUGGCCAGUUAUCAAGAUUAUCUAAGUUUAGUAUUUCAGUAAAUAACAUUUCAGGAACCAUUCCACACCAAAUUUUUAACAUCUCUUCCAUCACUGUUUUUUCUGUGAGCGUUAAUAAACUCCAUGGAUCCAUUCCGCCAUAUAUUGGAACUAGUUUCCCUAGACUCGAAACAUUUUAUAUAGGUAAGAAUAGAUUUUCUGGUGUGCUUCCUUAUACGAUAUCCAAUCUUUCCAAAUUGUCUAUACUAGAUGUCAGUCAGAAUCAGUUCACUGGACCUGUACCUAAACUGGGUUCGUUGCACGGUCUCAUCAUAGUAACUUUUGAUGGAAAUCAUCUUGGAGGUGGUGAAGUAGAUGACCUUGGCUUUUUUAAUUCAUUAUCAAAUUGUAGUCACCUAGAACUAUUUUCUAUAGUUUACAAUAAUUUAUCCGGCCAGCUGCCAGCUUCCAUAGCCAACCUCUCGACAAAGCUUACAAAGUUGUACAUGGGGCAAAACAAUAUAUUUGGUGAAAUUCCUCCUGGAAUUGAGAACCUUGUGAGUCUAAACGGAUUAGGCAUGGAAAGUAACCAGUUAACCGGAAGUGUUCCUGUUUCCAUAGGAAAACUUCCCAAAUUAAUACUUGUAAAUAUUGAGGAUAACCAAUUCUCUGGAAAAAUACCAUCAAACAUUUGUAAUAGCACUCAGCUAGAAGUAGUUGGUUUUAGUUUCAAUAGAUUGCAUGGUGACAUUCCGUCAAAUUUUGGCAACUGUAGUAAACUGCGAUUAUUGUACCUUUAUGAAAAUCAACUUACCGGUACGAUACCAAAACAACUCUUUGGUCUUUCUUCCCUGUCAGAUUCGCUGGACCUAUCUUCCAAUCACUUAACUGGUGAUUUGCCUUCAGAGAUCGGUAACUUGGUAAAGAUUGUCCGCCUCGACUUAUCAAAUAAUCAAUUAUCUGGGAAUAUUCCAAGUUCUUUCAAGAAUUGCCUCGGUUUACAAGAGCUUCAUCUAGAUGGAAACUUAUUCGAAGGGGUCAUUCCUCCAUCGUUAAGAAGUUUAAAGGGAAUUGAAUACCUGGGCCUCUCAAGGAAUAACUUGACUGGUCAAAUUCCCAAGUAUUUUGAAACAUUUGUUUCCCUCGUGUAUCUGAAUUUGUCUUCAAAUCACUUGGAAGGCGAAGUACCAAAGCUAGGUGUUUUCAAGAACAUCAGUGCAUUCUCGGUCGAUGGAAAUGAUAAGCUUUGUGGAGGAAUUCCCAUACUGCGUCUACCAAGUUGCCCGAGCCAUGCAUCCAAAAAGAAAAGCAAGCAAUUCCAUCUCAAGAGACUUCUACUAAUAAUUUUUGGAGUUGUUGUAUGUGUUAUUCUCCUGGGUUCCUUUCUCAUAUGGUUUUGGAGGAGAAAAGCAACAAUCAGUUCUUCGUCUUUAAAAACUCUUGUGGAAGAUAAAUUUCGAAAGGUCUCAUACAGUGAGCUUCUUAAAGCAACCAAUGGAUUCUCCUCGGAAAAUUUAGUGGGAGUUGGAAGUUACGGAUCUGUUUACAAAGGCUUACUAACACUGAGCCAGGAGACGACAACAUUUGUUGCAGUGAAAGUACUAGAUCUCCAGAGACGGGGUGCUUCAAAAAGCUUCAUGGCUGAAUGUGAAGCAAUGCGAAGCAUUCGGCAUCGAAAUCUCGUGAAGAUGUUGACUUCUUGUUCUAGUAUUGAUUUUAAAGGAAAUGAUUUCAAAGCUCUAAUUUCUGAAUUCAUGCCAAAUGGAAGUCUAGAGAGUUGGUUGCACCCGGUAGGAGAUGGCGAACAGCUUCAAAGGUCAGCGAGGAGAUCAUUGAGCUUUAUAGAGAGGCUAAAUGUAGCCGCUGAUGUUGCUUCAGCAUUAGAUUAUCUUCAUCAUCAUUGUCAGACACCAAUAGUUCAUUGUGAUCUAAAGCCAAGCAAUGUUUUACUUGAUGAUGACAUGAACGGUCAUGUUGGCGAUUUCGGAUUGGCAAAGUUUCUUGGCGAUGUCAUCAUCAAUGUUGAAACGGAACACCAUACUACCAGUACUUCAGUCGGUAUAAGGGGCUCGAUUGGUUAUGCUGCUCCAGAGUAUGGAAUGGGUAGCGAUGUCUCGACCAGUGGAGACAUAUACAGUUAUGGGAUCAUGGUACUAGAGAUGAUUACUGGAAGGAGGCCUACAGAUAUCAUGUUCACAGAUGGUUUAAACCUGCAUGCUUUUGCUAAGACGGCUCUUCUUACAGACCGAGUAAUGGAAAUUAUCGAUCCUGCACUACUUGUUCCUGUCCGUCCUGAAGAUGGUGAUGGAAACACCAGCGAAAUUCAAGCUAAUACUGAGAAUAAUGCCAAGUUACGCGAUGCUGCGACAGGGAUUGUCAACCUUGGCAUUUUGUGUUCAACUGAAACACCCAGAGAACGGAUGGAUAUGGCACACGUCGUGAAAGAGUUGCAAUCAAUUAAGAAGAUACAUCUAUCCGGAGUCGGAUCCGAAUAGGAGGUGAUCAAGAACACGACAUAAAACUUGUAUUUGAAGAUUACCUUGUUGUUAUUUUCAUUUUGAGUAAGCCUGGAUACCCAAACAAAGACUUCCAGUUCGGGUGUGGCAUGACAAAUCCAAGUGUAAUAUUCAUGCAAUGGGUUGAAUAAUCACAAUGUUACCUGGGUCAUUAAUAGUGUAUAACACAAAUUCAUCAGCGGAAGUAUGAUAGCAAAGAAUAGUACAUAAGGCACAUCGGGCACGAGAUUUGUAAUCGACCUCGAAAAGCCUCGCGAAUUGUGUAAUAUGUCAUUUGAUUAUGCUUUUGUUGAUGCGGCCAAAGAUUAUCCAAAUGGUUGUCGUAAUGCAUACA